CCAUUCUGGAACUAUAACAGACACUAAUCAUCUCUCUUUUCCUGUGAUAGGAUAUCUACCAUCUAGUGCAGAACCACAGACAGGAUAUCUACCAUCUAGUGCAGAACCACAGACAGCAACACCGACACUGAGCAUGACUGCUUCUUCGCCAGGAGUCAGAGAUGUGAGUGACCCCUGUUCUGAGCUCAACUGCACUGAGGCUGAACUGUGUGGAGAGAAAAACGGCUUUUACGGCUGUUUCUGUAACGAGGGCCAUCGAAGACCUGACCCAGACUUUUUUGAUUUUUCUGAGGUUUGUGAAAGCAGCUCUGGUUCCAUGUCCCUGUCUCGCUGUCUGCUCUUUGAGGCUGGUAUUCCUGCUGACAACUUACACCUCAAUGACCCCAGCUGCAAAGGAACAGUCCGGAAUGGCAGAGUGGAGUUCUAUUUUGACAACAAUGAUCACACCUGUGGUACAAAACUUGUGGCCAAUGGCACCCACUUCAUCUAUGAGAACUUUAUUUUCGGAGCUCAGAACUUGACCAAAGGUCCCAUCAGCAGGAUGAGAAUUCUGAAGCUGAAUUUCAGCUGUAUAUACCCCCAAAACCAAACACUUUCUUCAAAUAAGGAAAUCAAUCCACUAGAGAGCAUUGUCUACAAGAAGCUUCCAGCUGGUCAAGGGAGAUAUCAGGUCAGGAUGGUUCUGUAUCAGGAUGCUGAGUUCUCCAAGCCCUUCAAUGGAAGUGUGAACGUGGAGAUAAACCAGCAGAUGUUCACGGAAGUUCGUGUUGAGGGGGUUGACAGCCGUCAGUUUGCCACAGUGAUUGACAAAUUUUGGGCGACACCUGUGAAUGAUUCUCGUCACUCUAUCCGCUGGGACCUCAUCAGCAGAGAGUGUCCCAAUCCAAAUGACGACACAGUUGAGCUGCUGCAGAAUGGAGUCUCCACAUCCAGCCGUUUCUCCUUCAGGAUGUUUGUCUUCACUGCAAACUCCACUAAGGUUUACCUGCACUGUACUGUUCACCUUUGCCUUCUGUCAGGAAAUCACUGCUCAACUCACUGUGACUCUGAACAUCACAUGAGAGAGCGCAGGUCUGUGGAAUUCUAUGACACUGCUUCCAUCUCCAUCGGUCCCCUGAUGUUGUCUUAAAGGAACCAAGGAUGUUUUAAGUCUCAUCUAAUUCAGUUGUGUGAUUUAUUGUUUAUGCGCAUUUUAAAAAUCUAUUACAUAUCUGCAUGGCUCCAAGUCUGUGUAGUUCUCUUAUUAUAUCACUUGUUUCUCUGCUGAGAGUACCGACUAUAUUCUGAAUUAUUUUAACAAAACAUGGUCACUACACAUUUAGUCACAUUAUUGCUAACUUGUUUAUUAUUUUUUGUUGUUGAUUGAGGAAUGGGAUAACCAAAUCAAACCAGUUACUCUAAUGGGAUAGUUACCAAAUAAAGGCAUUCAAACAAUGA